AUGGCGAACCUCGACACUCCUCUCAAGAAGGGCAGCAGCCGAAAACUGCAGAAGCGAAACCCCAAUCUCAACCGCCUGCCCUCGUCGCAUAUUCCUUCUCGCCUCCGACUCGGUGCCGAUGCCCAGGAAGAUGUAACAGCGCCUACCCGAGGCCACAACGCGCCAGCACAAUACAUGAACCAGUCCAUUUUCUCCAUGAUUGCGGCGGCAGGGUCGCGCACGGAUUUCAAUGCCAGAUUUGAUGAAUCCAGUGACAGUGACGAUGAGAUUAUCGAAAAGGAGCAGACAACCACAGAGGGUGAAUCGCACGCGGCCCCUCGAGGAACUGAGUCGAAGGCGGCACAGGCGGUGACAAGGAAAGACGGAAAGACCUCGAAAAGCCAACGUCUUUUGGGCGGUCGACCGGUACAGUCAUUGGAACGACCGUCUUCAAGGCCUGCGAGAUUGGAGGAAAUAGAGCCGCCUCCUCGGCAAAGCCCCAGCCCUCAAAGCGAUGCCACCUCAAAGUCCUCUAGAAGCAAUCCGCGAGAUGCACCGGUGUUGAGCAGACUCAUCACCGCCGAAGCUGAGUUCCAAGAGUGUGCCGAGGCGGGUGAGGAAGGGUCGUCGUCUCCCAGAGGCCAGAAAUCAAGAAGCAGACGCGAAUCCUCCCCACAGACGCUCCUUGCCACGAGACUGAUGGAAAUUUUUGGAUUCGAAAAGCCAGAACAGGUUGUGGCCGAGUAUCCAUGUUGGUUACUGCAGAGCGUGCUCCUCCAGGGCUACCUAUACAUCACCGAGCACCAUAUUUGCUUUUACGCAUAUUUACCCAAAAAAUCACAUACUGUCUCCAAAACUGGAUACCUGUCGAAGAAGGGCCGGACAACGUCAAAGUACAAGAGAUAUUGGUUUUCCUUGAAGGGAGACGUGCUGUCAUAUUACUCUGAUCCGUCCAACCUCUAUUUUCCCUCUGGAAACAUCGAUCUCCGAUACAGCAUGUCUGCCGGCUUUUCGAGUGAGAAAAGUAAACAGAAGGAAUGCAAAGACUUUUCAGUGACGACAGAUCACCGCACGUAUCAUUUCCGUGCCGACAGUGCUUCGAGCGCCAAAGAAUGGGUGCAGACAUUGCAAAAGACAGUCUUUCGCUCUCACAACGAUGGCGACAGCGUGAAAAUAUCCCUCCCUGUCGAUAACAUUAUCGACUUUGAAGAGAGCCCCGUUGUCGAGUUCGCUGAGACAGUCAAGAUUAGGGUGAUCGAGAGUGGUGAUUCCUAUGCGAUUGACGAAUAUUUCUUUUCUUUUUUCAGCUUUGGCCAAGAUGCGCUACAGGUUCUCGGAGGGUUACUCACCGAAGCUCCAACGGGACGGACAUCUGAAGAUCUAUGGUCACCAACGAGGAGAGGUGACACCAUGUUGAGUCCCCAGGCCAUGUCAUCUGCCCGGCGCCACUCCUCGGAUGUUGUGUCAGGCAGUCCCAGAGCCCAGUCAAGCCCACCUCUCAAAGACAACGUUCGAACAACCCUGCUGCCAUUUUCCCUUGGCAGUGAUGGCAGAAUGCCUCCGGGGAUGAGCGGAGAGUUUUCGCGCGGUGACAGUCCUUCCCGUUCCAGCGGCGACUUUGGUGGUGAAUAUGGUCGAGCCAGCUUUGACCGAGGUCGGAGAAGUGGCAGUACAAGUCGACUGGACGUGAGCAAAUCGAGACGAACCGGUCGAUCCCCGCUUGCGCGGCACCACGAUUCAGAAGAUUCAUAUGUUCAGUCGAUCGACAAAGAGACGGACUCGUCGACUGCCCCGUUAUCUCCCGGAGUGGAAGCGCAGAUGUCGGCCAGUCAAAUUCUAUCCCGGAGCGACGUGUUUCAUCCUCGUGCUGCCCAUCGAAUGGAGACGUUCACUUCUCUGUCAACAGAGCCUACAAGAAAAUCGUCCGAGGCGGGCACAAUUCUUUCCAGUUCUCCGCGUCGGGAAACGACCUCCCCGAUCCCAAUUCGAUGGAUGGCAGACGCAGCGGGCCAUGCCUCGAAUGACCGCCGAGCCACAGCACCGGAGGACGUCGUGUUUUCAGAACUGGAACGUGACAAGAAAUUGUCCAGAAAUGACCCCCCGCCAACCCUGCAGGACCUGGUCAAGGCGGGGACUUAUCCUCUUCAACGCGCAGGGGCCCUCGCCGACUAUCUCAAAAAUCGGUCGGUCUCCAUGCGAAAACUCCUGGCGACGGAAUCCAUGUCGUACCUGGAAAAGGUUUCGGGCAUGUGGGCUGGAAACAGGAAACACUAUGGUGAAAAUGAAGGCAUCGUGCCCGAUGACAAAGGUAUCGACCCAGAAGAUGAAGAAGCUAAUGUCGGCCACGGCGAUCGAUUCCGGGCACAUUUUGCUCUGCCCACGACCGAAAAACUCCAAGCGACUUACUUUGGCUUUAUUCAUCGCGUCCUUCCGCUGUACGGGAAGAUAUACAUCAGCAAUCGCAAAUUUUGUUUUCGGAGCCUACUUCCGGGAACGCGGACGAAGCUCGUGUUGCCGUUGAAGGAUAUUGAAAACGUGGACAAGGAAAAGGGCUUUCGAUUCGGGUACCAUGGCCUGGUCUUGGUGAUCCGGGGCCAUGAAGAGCUCUUUUUUGAAUUCAGCUCUGCGGAGCAUCGCGACGAUUGUACCGUGACCCUUUUGCACAGCCUGGAAACCGCUCGGUACAUGGCGGAAUCUGGGCUACUGGCACAACAGGACGAGGAUGAUGCCGAAAUCGCCAAGGAAGAGCAUCGCAUGCUUCAAGAAGCCCGUCGGAUUUCGGCUGGCGAACAUCACCUUGUGUUGCCCGACACGGCCGAAACCAUCUACAGCCAUGAAGAAUCUCCGCCGGUCCUGUUCGAUGAUCCCCACGCGUCCAUCAUCAACUUUAAGCCCACGACGCCGUUGCGAAUUACCUGCCUCACGGUCGGCUCGAGAGGAGAUGUGCAACCCUACAUUGCUUUGUGCAAAGGCCUCCUGGCCGAGGGUCACAAACCCAGAAUCGCCACGCAUGCGGAAUUCGGUGCCUGGGUGCGGAAGCACGGCAUUGAAUUUCGACCCGUUGACGGCGAUCCGGCCGAGCUGAUGAGAAUCUGUGUGGAGAACGGCAUGUUCACGUAUUCGUUCCUUCGAGAAGCCUCGGCCAAGUUUCGCACAUGGAUUGACGAACUGCUCACGUCCGCCUGGCACGCGUGUCAAGACAGUGACUUGUUGAUUGAAUCACCGAGCGCCAUGGCGGGCAUUCAUAUUGCAGAAGCGCUUGGUAUUCCAUAUUUCCGGGCCUUUACCAUGCCCUGGACCCGGACUCGAGCCUACCCACAUGCGUUUGCGGUGCCCGAACACAAAAUCGGGGGAGCUUACAAUUACUACUCGUACGUCAUGUUUGACAAUGUGUUCUGGAAAGCCAUCGCCGGACAGGUCAACCGGUGGCGGAAGAAAGAACUUGGACUCCGUAGCACCAACUUGGACAAGAUGCAACCAAACAAGGUGCCAUUUCUGUACAACUUUUCGCCUCAUGUGGUGGUCCCGCCAUUGGAUUACAGCGACUGGGUUCGAGUUACCGGGUACUGGUUCCUCAACGAAGCGCAAGGUUGGACGCCGCCGGCAGAGCUCACCGCUUUCAUCCAAAAGGCCCGUGAUGACCACAAAAAGCUCGUCUAUAUUGGAUUUGGAUCCAUUGUGGUUUCAGAUCCGGCCGCCCUGACGAAAACCGUGGUUGAUUCGGUCAUAAAGGCGGAUGUCCGAUGCAUUUUAUCCAAAGGCUGGAGUGACCGGUUGGGAGAUCCGGCGGCCGUCAAGACGGAAGUUCCCUUGCCCCCGGAGAUUCUUCAGAUCAAGUCUGCACCACAUGACUGGUUGUUCGCGCAAAUCGACGCGGCCGUGCACCACGGCGGGGCUGGGACCACCGGAGCAAGCCUGCGAGCUGGCGUCCCCACCGUGAUCAAGCCAUUUUUCGGAGACCAAUUCUUCUCUGGAUCACGUGUGGAGGAUCUGGGGGUUGGCAUUUGCCUGAAGAAAGUCAAUGUCAGCCUGUUCUCGCGGGCAUUGUGGGAAGCCACCCACAGCGAACGGAUGAUUGUUAAAGCACGGCUACUCGGAGAACAGAUCCGCAAGGAGGAUGGUGUGCAAACGGCCAUUCGGGCGAUUUAUCGCGAUCUGGAAUACGCCAAAACGUUGAUCAAGCCACGUCCAGCAAUCGAAGGAUCCGCGGCCAUCGCGGCUGCCGAUUUUGAUGACGGAGGCGACAUUGAAGAAAGUUGGACAUUCAUUGGCGAUGAGAGCGACCCCGAACUCCAACGACGGAUGCACGAUUGGGAAUCUCCCGCUCGUGGUCGUGCGCCGAGAGUGAGCAUGGACCGGGCCGGGCUGCGAGCUGUCCAAGGCGUCGAACCCGUGAGGAAACACAGUGUCAAGCGAUGA